AUGGUUCUACUGAUUCUUACCGUGUUUUCCCUGUUUGCUUUAUUCUUUCCUUUGGUUUAUAACGAUGCAACUAUUGAUAUUCAUUAUCCGUCUCGUUUACUUUCUUAUUGGAUCCCUACUGAUAUUGCUAUAUCACCAAUCAAUCAGCAUAUAUUUAUUGCUGAUAUGUCGUUUAAUCGCAUAUUACAUUUGUCAUCGGAAGCUAUUUAUAUAUCAACACUUAUCUUACCUAUUGAGCAAUCGAAAUCUUAUUCUUCAGUUAAGUUGACGAUAGAUUUAGUUGGUUAUUUAUAUGUUGCAACUGGUGCUAAUGGUUCUUUUGCAACGAUAUACAUAUAUAGGACAACUAAUGAACAACUAAUUAAAAAUAUUUCUUUAGCUCUUUAUGUUCCCGUAGCAUUGACGAUUUCGCCUAUCAAUGGUGAUAUCUACGUAGCAACGACAGACAACGAAGAUACAUCUGUUUAUGUCUUAAAUAAAAAUGGCCAACAAGUUAAUAAAUUCAAUGCAUCAAAUUUCUUACCACCACUUAAUCAACCGACAGCAUUAACUAUAGACGAAACCGGUGAAAGAUUAUAUGUUGCUGACAGGAAUGAUGCAUCGACUGGCAGAAUAUUUCUCGUCAAUUCACAAACAGGCAAACAGUUACAAUCUUAUAUAAACAGUAAUAUAUAUCGACCAACAGCAGUAGUAGUUGAUGCCGAUCUAAAUGUAUAUGUUGCCGACAUGGCUACUAACUGUAUCGUUGCUUUAAUGCCAAAUGGCACAUUGAUACGUACAUAUACUAACAGUCUAUACAGUCCACAAGGUCUCACAUUUGCAGCUGAUGGUAAUUUACUUUUAUCUGAUACUCUGAAUACACGAUUAGUCUUAUUCGAUGUUAUAACAGCAAAGGUUUUACAAGUUUAUUCUAGUAAUGAUCCAGUACUAAUCGCACCUCGUUUAGUAGCACUUCAUAAUAGUGGAGAUAUUUAUGUUAAUAGCUUAACUGAUGAUAUAGCCUACAAUAUUUUAAAGAAGUUAACGAUUACGAACUCAUCUGCUAAUGUUACACAAAUUAUUAAUCCAACACCUCAUUUUGGUUUUCCAGUUGGUUUAACUUAG